ACAAAUCUCAUGGCGACGUACUUUCAUGGGAGCUCCGAAAUCGAACCCACUGACGGCUUGCAGACGCUUUACAUCUUGAACCCUAGCUUCAUCCCCUACUCCACCGCCGCCCACGACGCCGCAGCUCACCCCAAUGCCCUCUUCUUGAAUCCUGUGGGGAGCGCCGCGCAACCAGCUCACGCUCCACCGCUGAACCAGAACCACUUCGUCGGGAUUCCGCUUUCCGGUCCCGCGGCUCCGUUCGGACCUGCUGGAUCAGAUGUAGACCAUACUCGUCUGCACGAGUUUCCGUCCCUUCACGGCAUAGUAGCUCCGAGGGUUCGGCCUAACCACCCGUGGGGUCAGCCGGAUACGUCUGCUGCGGAUGCAGCCCAGCUCCAGAUUUGCUCAGCAACCAACUCGGCCGGGGUCUCGCCCUCUCAGCGCGGCCUUUCUCUGAGCCUCUCCACAGAGCAGUCGCCGCUCAUGUCGCUGUCAAGGGAGAGCGACAUCCGUGGGCACAGCCGCCAUCAACUUCCGGGGAUCAACGAGGCGAGGGCAUCAGCACGGAACUCGUCCUCGUCGGCCUCAAACGUGGUCUUGGGCCUGCACGGCGUCCUUCUGGGUUCAAAGUACCUGAAGGCGGUGCAAGAGCUGUUGGACGAAGUCGUGAACGUCGGGAAAGAGAUGAAGAGCGGCUCAUCGGCCGAGGGCGCUAAUAAAGAGAAGACUAAGCUUGGUAACAAGGAUUCAAGUAAGGAAGACAAAAAAGUUGAGCUAUCAUCAAGUGGGAGCGAGCUCGGUAUGGCUCAGAGGCAGGAACUUCAAAUGAAGAAGGCCAAGCUUGUUGACAUGAUUGAUGAGGUGGAGCAGAGAUACAAACAAUACCACAGCCAGAUGCAAGUAGUGGUCUCCUCAUUCGAGCAAGCCGCCGGCGCCGGAGCGGCGAGAUCCUACACUGCCCUGGCCCUGCAGACGAUAUCCAGGCAGUUCAAGUGCCUCAAGGACGCCAUCUCGUUGCAGAUCAAGGCCACCGGCAGGAGCUUGGGCGAGGACGGCUGCAUGGGCGUGAAGAUGGAGGGCUCGAGAUUGAGGUACGUCGACCACCAUUUCCAGCAGCAGAGGGCGCUUCACCAGCUGGGAAUGAUCCAUCAGAACAACACUUGGCGGCCUCAGCGGGGACUGCCCGAGCGCGCCGUCUCGGUGCUCCGUGCCUGGCUCUUCGAGCACUUCCUCCACCCCUAUCCCAAAGAUUCGGAUAAACACAUGCUCGCUAAACAAGCGGGACUAACCAGGAACCAGGUGUCUAAUUGGUUCAUCAAUGCUCGGGUUCGCCUCUGGAAGCCCAUGGUCGAAGAAAUGUACUUGGAAGAGACCAAGAGCCGAGAACAAGCUGGAUCCGAGAACGGUGCGAUUUGCAGGGCCGCGGCCAAACCCGACAAGGACGCCGGUUCGCAAUCCAUAUCUCAAGAAGACAAUGCCUUUGGAUUGAACAGCUCCAUCAAAUCCUUCCAGUCAAGCCCGAACAUGGCCCUCAGUCGAGCCGCCAUUUCACCCUCCGAGAACUCCAACUCGACCUCCUCGACGUCUCCCAUGGCCGGCGCUAUCCCUCCACCUCCCGGCUUCACUCUGAUCGGACGGUCGUCCAACGUAGAAGUCGGGAUCGCCCCAAGUCCUAAAAGGCCGAGGAUGAGCCCCGACUUUAUGAACCCACAUGGCAUCAUUCUCUCAAGGGACAUGGACAUGAAGGGGAGCGAGCCGAGCCGAGAGCUUGGUGGUGGCGGCGAGUACAUCCAUGGCGGGUUCGGCGCAUUCUCGUUGGGAAACAUCGAAGGGAGAUACGGGAACGGCGUCGCUCUUACUCUUGGCCUACCGCACGGGGAUCAAAGCCCUUCCCUCUCGGUCUCAGCAACCCCACAGAAUUAUUUUCCCAACCAAAGCAUGAAUCAUCAUCAAUUGGGAAGGACUAAACUUGUGGUCGGAAAUGGCGGCGAGGCUGAUUUCUUCGGGAUAGCGGGUGCUCCACAACAAUCUCAAUCGGGCUCCAUAAAUUAUGAGGCCAUUGACAUCAACAACAGGAAAAGAUUUGCAGCCCAUCUGUUGCCCGAUUAUGUUGCUUGAUCGAUAGCGAUCAAUAUCUGACGACGAUCCAAAUCUCUCCGGUUGAUUAAUGGGCAAUUCAUUGCUUGCCCAUGAACAUGGAGGUGGGUGAGAUUUAGUGUAAACGAACAAGUAUUGUGGUAAUAUAUACAUGCAGAAUAGGAAGCUUUUCAGAGUUCUUCUCAUAGCUCAGAGAUUGAAUCAUAUAUAUUCGAAAAAGGUUGUGGAUAUUCAAAUAUUUCGAUAGCUUUUCGGAUGAACACGACGAAUAUUACAAUUGGA